CUCAUAAGAACAUGCCCUUAACCUCAUUGGCUGAAUCUUUUAAGGGUCUAGACGUGGCUUAUUUUUUUUUCUUUCCAUUUCUCUUUCCCUUUCCAACGAAGGUCUUGGUCAGAAAAGCCCCGUUUGUCCCUAAUUGGCAGUUGUGUUUAUCGUAGGCAUGCCUGGCUAGACUCAUCCAUUAUAUGCUAUUACCGGUACACGGUCGAAAUCUUGCUCAUCCUCCCAUUACUUCCCCUAGACGAUAGAAAACGAAAUCUUAUAGACCAUGUCAACUAACGAUCUCUAUAGAGCCAUCAUAAUGUCUUUCUUCAGGUGACAGGUCCGAGUCAUAUCUUUUUUGUGUGUGCUACUGCUUUACCUAAUUCGGUUUCUCCUUGUGUUUUCCCUUUCUAGAAUCCUAUAAACCGUAUCCUCCGCGAUUAAUAGAAUAAAAUGUCGGUCUGCGUAGCAGACUUCCCCCAGACCUGGCAGAAGCCCUCGUCCAAGGAACUGCUGACAGCUCUCAAACAGCUUCAGGUUGAACCUCCGAUCUGGAAUCCUGGUACUUCUCGAAAAGUUAUACUAGAAAAUUAUCAAAAUGCUGCCCAGCUCCGCCGUGAGGUUGCUGCGUAUCUGUCUAGCAUAAUCAAGAGCAGUCUUGCGUGGAUCCAGGACGAAGACGAGAAGGAGGCGGUGUGGGAUGAGGCAAGCCGGCGCCUUGCAGAACGCUGCGGUAGAGCGGGAAUGGGCGAGAUCACGCGAAGAUGGCCUCUUGAAGAUCAAGGAUCAUCUCCUUUUGAGCUAGUCAUCCGGGAACCUCCUAUUACCGGCGACUCCCUCGGCUUGAAAACCUGGGGUUCUUCAUAUCUGCUCGCACAGUCGCUAGGUAGUAUUGCGAAGGAGUCACUCUCCCAUAUACUCAACUUGGGACGUUCGAAUGAAUCCCUAGAUGUUCUAGAAUUGGGUUCGGGAACAGGGCUCUUGGGGAUGGCUGCCGCUGCUAUUUGGCAAACCAGCGUGGUCUUGACCGACCUCCCAACCAUCGUACCCAACCUAGCCUACAACAUCGAAAGAAACAGGCCCACUAUCGAGGCCCUGGGAGGGAAGGUUGAUUCGGGUGUUUUAAUUUGGGGCUCUGAAGACGGUAACGCCAAGCGAUUUGAUUCCAAGAACCAAUUCAAAAUUGUUCUUGCCGCAGAUCCUCUGUACGACGACGAUCACCCAGAGCUGCUAUCGUCUGCGAUAGUUGCGCACCUAGCCCAAGACAAAGAUGCCAGGGCCAUUGUAAUGGUACCUCAGCGAGACUUGACUACUAAGAAACUGGCUGCAAAAUUCCUGUCCAUUAUGAUUGUCUCUGGGUUAAGCGUGCUAGAGCAGCACACCUUAAUUGGCCAAGAUGACUGGGAUGAGGACGGUGAGGAUUCGGGAAUAGAAUGCUGGUGGGUUGUUUUCGGGAGACAGUAACUACAGCUAUUCGCAUGCCUCCUUGCCUCGGGUU